CUUUCCCUAACCCCCAAGAAAUGGCAAGGAGGAGCUUCAUAAUCUUCAUCUCCUCCCUCCUCCUCAUCUCCCUCUCCUUCCCAUCCGCAACCGCCAGCGACUACUCCCUGGAAACCCCCGAGCAAACGGAGAAAGUGGUGGUGGAAGGCGUGGUGUACUGCCAGAGCUGUGACCGCUACGGAACAUCGUCCUUGGCCGGGGCCGAGCCCAUUCCUUCGGCGAAAAUCAGCGUCAUCUGCAAGAAUCACAAGGGCCAAGUCAGCUUCUACAAGUCUUUUGUGGCGGACGUUAAGGGCUACUUCUACGCACAGCUUGAAGGGUUUAAAGUUGGACAACAUCUUUUGGACCAUCCACUCCAUGGAUGCAAGGUGAAGCUUGUUUCUUCUCCCCUGGCAAAGUGCAGUGAGCUCACCAAUGUGAAUUACGGGCUCUAUGCCCCGCUUCGUUACGAGGACAAGAGGUUGUGGGGGAGGAACUAUGAGGCUGUUGUGUAUGCUGCCGGGCCUCUGGCUUUCCGUCCUUCUUAUUGCCCUACUACUCACUCUUGAUUCGGAACACCGGGUUUUCGCUGAUUAAUUUUCAUCCUAAAGUUAACCUUUGCUACUUCUGUUUUCCAUUUUUUUUCAAUUUGUUUUGAAAAUGUUACGGUGUCCGAAAAUUUGUUUUAUUUCUUGAAUAAACUGGUUUUGUACUGCAAAGUGAUGAAAUGACAUGUUUCAUUUAUU